AUGAGCCUGGGCGAGGGAUGGAGAAACGCGGGCCAGAGUGUUCGACGCGCGGCGGCGCGUGUGCACGAACAGUUCGAUCGCACGCCGGAGGGAGCAGAGGCGCUGGAUUCCGCCAUGCAUCCGGAAUUGUACGGUGCCACUGAGGAUAUCCAGAUGGCCAAUAUGGUGGUGGACGAGGAAACGCUGCGGGAAAGGAAUCAAACACAAUUUCAAGUCGCUGUCAGCACGGAGGCCGAACGGUUGGUUCAGCAUAUGGGGUUGGGGGAAGGGAAUCUUCGGAGACGAGAGACUACCCACAAUUUGUCUAAUAAGCCGCCGCCAGGGGGUGUUUUAUCGCAGCUGCUGAAGAACUAUGCCGCCCAUCCAGCACAUUCCAGCAAGAGCAGUAUCUCCACAACAGCCUCUGACACCGAUACACCUGCACCGAAGAAGAAACCAAAAACCAAAUGUGAACCGCCAAAGCCGCCACUGAGCGAGAAGAAGAAAAAGCACAAACGGAAAUCAACAAAGGUGCAGCUGACCGUCCAUAUUGCCGCGAUUCUGACUCGUCAGCAAUAUAUCAUGCGACUGUGUCGAGCAUUGAUGGCAUACGGUGCCCCGACCCACCGACUAGAAGAGUACAUGCAGAUGACUGCCAAUGUGCUUGAAGUCAAUGGGCAAUUCCUCUAUCUCCCCGGCUGCAUGAUCAUGUCCUUUGACGAUCCAUUGACACACACGGCGGAGGUGAAAUUAAUCCGGACGAUCCAAGGGCUGGACCUAGGCCGUCUGGCAGAAACACAUAAUAUUUACAAGAACGUGGUGCAUGAUCUUGUCGAUGUAGAGCAAUCCAUCCAGGACCUGGACGCGCUUCUGAAACGGGAUCGCCGGUACAAACAGAAGUGGCUGCUGGUACUUCUCUCCGGACUGGCAAGUGUGGCUGUCGGUCCGUGGGCGUUUGAUGCCCGGCCAAUUGAUAUGCCAAUCAUUUUUAUUCUCGGCUGCAUUCUCGGAGUUAUGCAGCAUGUAGUGGCGCCCAGGUCGGCUCUCUAUUCCAACGUCUUGGAAGUCAGUAUCGCCAUGCUCAACUCCUUCCUGGCUCGUGGCUUCGGAAGCAUCCGGGUGAAUGGAGAGACUGUUUUCUGUUUCCCAGCCAUGGCCCAAUCGUCCAUUGCUCUGAUCCUUCCCGGGUUCUCCGUUCUUUGCAGCAGUUUGGAGCUACAGUCUCAUCAGAUAAUCGCGGGUUCGAUUCGACUGGUCUACACCAUCAUCUACUCACUGUUCCUGGGAUACGGUGUCACAGUGGGUACGGUCAUCUACGGUCUCCUCGACCGCGGUGCCACCAAGGAAUCGAAAUGCUCCCAAGACAGUCUGAAAGUCUACGGCAACGAAUACAUCCAGCAUUUUAUCUUCGUGGCAGUUUACUGCUUCUUCGCUGCCGUCAUCAACCAAGCCAAAUGGAAACAAAUUCCCAUGAUGGUGACCAUGGGCACGGCAGGCUACGUGACCAAUUACUUUAGCACCAAGAAACUCGGGUCGACUUCGCCGGUUGCAAACACUGUCGGCGCCUUCACCAUCGGCCUCUUUGCCAAUUUGUACAGUCGACUAUGGCAUGGUCACGCAGCUGCUGCGAUCAUCCCGGGUAUGUUCACUUUGGUUUCGUCGGGACUGGCUUCGAGUGGCUCCAUCAUGUCUGGAUUGUCGUAUGCGGAGGCAGUCAGAAACAACACUGUCAAUGAUGACACUUCGACCACGUCUGUACAGAACUCUCUGACUGGUCUGGGGUACACCAUGAUUCAGACAUCGAUUGGUAUCACAGUUGGUCUAUUCAUCGCCGCGUUGAUUGUGUAUCCGCGGGGCAAGCAGCGGAGUGGUCUUUUUAAUCUAUAA